AGACACCCCGUUCUCGGCGCAGAAAACAGUAUCGUCGGCCGACGCCAUCAUGUCGAGCGUGUUGGUGCCGCGGUCGCUAUUCCGUUGUGGCCCCCUUGCCGACUCGGAGACGGAGUACCUUCUGCAGCUGGCGUCUCAAGUGCCCAUCCAGGUGAUCCGACGUGCACAGCUCGACAACGGAAGCAUCCACUGGACGUUAGCCACGGACGACGCGGACGUGGUCAUGUACCAAGGCAACGACGCGACCAAUAUGGCCAACACGUGGUGCACGAUCACCGAGGUGCAGGCGACGUUGGAGGAAGCCGCGGCUCUGUUCGCAGGGGACACUCCGGUCGAGUACGAGCGCAACCACAAGGCGUUGGCGUCAGACGUCCUCGACUGCUACAAGUUGUACACGUUAAACCCGGAUGUCGGGGUGUAUUGGAGCGUGCUUCAGAGUCCAGCGCCAGCCCUCGCGAACCCCCGCGACUUUUGCUUUCUCCAGAGCCAAGGCGAGUUUGAACAUGCUGGUCACCGAGGGUUUGUCGUGGCCAAGAUGUCGGUAACCGUCAGCGGGUGUCCAGAUCUACAGGACUCCCAUGGAUACGUCCGGGGUCUGCUGUACCCGUCUGGCUUUGUGUUCACCGAGCUCGGCAGCCGCCGCCCAGGGUACGUCCAGGUGACCCAUGUGGUGCAAGUGGAUCCAUUGGGGAAGACGAAGCUUCCGCCAUGGAUUUACAAGCGCGGCAUGGCGACGCGGGUCAAGGGACUUCGCCAGGUGGGCCAUCAGCUUCGUCUGAACCGCCUCAGCCAAGCCGCGUUUCGAACCCCCGACCAGCUCGUACCGAAAGAUACCCGAACGAAAUGCUUCCUCUGCCAAUGUGCCUUCCGCCGCGUAUUUGUCAAGAAAUGCCGAUGUCGGCUCUGUGGUGAAGUCAUGUGCCACACGUGCUGCAAGCACUGGCCAUUGGUUGUGGCGGGAAUUCCCACGACAGUGCGCAUAUGCAGCAGCUGCGCCCUCAAGCCGAAUCUGCAAGAGUACAAGGCCCGGGGAAAUGUGAUGGAACUGCUACCGUUAAUGCAAUCGUCAUUGUCGAUAUCAGCAUCUCGAUCCACGGAAGGCGGCAGUAGCGCGCGACCGCCAUCGACUUCGACUUCGUCGGCAUCGUCAACUACCAACCCCCGCCACCUCGACAAACCACGAGUCGUCGUAGUAGGUACUAGUACUAGUAGUAGUAGUAGUAGUAGUAGCGGCAGUAGUAGCCGAGACCGAGCCAAGACCACCCCCGGCAGCAGCAGCGACGAUGCCCAUCCUUUGAUGGAAGAAGGAGAUGAGUACUAUUAUCACCACCGCCGCCACCACCGCAGCUUGGACGAGAUUGGUACGAUUGUGGGGCCGAUUGUACUGGAAGCAUCCGAGUUUGGAGAUGAAGACGACGGAAACUCGUCGGGACCUUGAGAAUUGUAUAACGUUACUACUACUGUAUCUUCGCAGUAACUAGUAGUACUAACGUUAAACUAAGCCAAUCACUGAUCCCUAACCACUGAAUAUGUAUACUCG